UAUUUCCAGCGUCAAACCGUUACUGGCACUCUCUCUUCUUCGUUUUUGGUUCUUAUCCGUGGAGGAAACGGAAAGCAUCCUCUGAUCAGAUUGAUUUCAUGUAAAAACCAGACUGCUUUGACGCUCAUAGACUCAUGGAAUCGGCGUCCGCUUUCGGCUACUGGAAAGUGACUCCAUUUGGUACGGCUCUCUCAACCAAAUACAGGGUUUCUCUGAGGCCUUUUAACAAACACCUGGAAGGCCAGUUAUCAAUCAGGAACUCUCAGAACCAUAUAAGCCGCGGAACAAUUCAAACCCAGACAAGAUGCUCGUUGUUAGGCGCGUCAAAUUAUGGAGUCUCACUUUACUCGCGCACGCUGUCAUCUUCGUCGGCGGUUAGGAAAACCCAUUCUCGUCAGCCAAUUAACUGCUCGUAUUCAAGCACAACAAACUCAGAGCCGCAGAAUCCGACGUUGAGAAUUCUCAAAAAUGUUUCAUUUGAUAAUGUCAAGGCUACCGUUCAUCGGUUAACUCCUAUUGACAUCUGCAAGUGGUCUUUGGUCUUCUCCCUCUCAGUUGCUGCCGCAAAAUGGUCUGUGAAUUUGCUGUUCAACCCGUUUUUCUGGAUGUAUUUUAGCUGGGCAUGGUUGUUCUGGCCAUGGUUUUUGGCCGUGGGUCUUGCAAUCUACGGCUUCUAUUGCCUCCGCAAGCAUUUGCGCGGCGAAGCUAAUGUAUUUGAGCAACUUGCGCUUGUUACUUCAGCGUUUACUUGGUUGACUCUCGUCCCACCCGCCCAUUUCAAUGGCUACCUUGAAGGCUGGCCUUUUGUGUUCUUUUUCGUGUACCACUACUUCUUCUUUUUCAAUGUGAGUGUUCGGAAGCGAUUAUACGGCGAUUACUACCCUCGCCCGCACGACCCCAAGUGGGAUGUUAACCCGCCCAAUUGGCACCGUCUUCUGUUCUGUGUCGGAGUCAUGGUUGCCCACUGGCUCGCGGCAUUUGAAGGACCUGAGCUGCACCUUGUCGCGGGCGGGCGGAACAAUUUGUGGGUUUGGGCUUUGAUAAUGUUAACUUUGUUCACACAGUAUCACUCUACUUUGUAUCUUGCCAAGUACUCGGAGAAGGUGGUUGUACCAACAGCGGUUGUGCAGUUUGGGCCAUAUCGGUGGGUGCGCCAUCCCGUAUAUGCAUCUACGAUGCUUCUCUUUGUGACUUACUUCGCAGCAUUACGGGCACCUAUCAGCGCCCUAUUUGUUGUUGCGGUCUGUUUGAUGUAUUAUCAACAGAAGGCCAAGUUGGAGGAGGCUUUAAUGAUAGAAACUUUUGGCGCCGCAUACUUGGAGUACAUGAACAGAGUUCGGUACAAGUUCAUCCCGUCUAUUUAUUAGUCGGCUUUGAGCAUCUUCAUCUCCUUGGGAUGACCGCCCUUGCGUGGCCCCCGGUACUCGUGCCCUCGAUUAUGCCAGGGGAGGUAAAUCGCAAGUUGAGCCUUUUGGCCCUUGCACAGGAUGAUGAUCGAACUCGCAACCCAUCGGAUUGAGACCAACAUAUUGCUCAUAUGACCGCUCGACCUAUGCCCUGGAGGCAACAUCUUCAUCUCCCUAAUGCUUAUAGUUUGCAUAUGUUGGUGCUUUAUUGCCCAAUAUUUUGUACCAUGCAACAAAAUUGGUUUUAUAGCUGCAAUAUAAAAUCUUUCUUUUAAUUUUUAUGGAAUCUUACUAACACAUAAAACACCAAUAUACGCUUUUUCAUUUUAACGAUCAUGUAUUAAUUAUACGGGUAACAUCCUAUUAA